UAUUUGAAUAAUAAUUAUUGUUGACUAUGAGCAAUGCGUAUGAGUAACAUUUGGAUGACCUUGAGCAACUGAUUUUUUCCCUUUCCUGUAUAAUAUUAUGAUUAUUUUCUUUCUUAGAUAUGAUUUGCAAAGUAAAAACCGGCAGUUUAUUUUGCAACAAAACAGUUCUAUAAGAUUAACCUAGCCCGCUAGCUACAAGGCGUUCGCUAAAGCUAUUUAAAUUUGUUGUGUUUACUGCUUACUGUUCAGUAUCUGCAGUGUAUUUGGUAAAUUACUACCGUUGGCCACAAAAGUUGUGGCGGCUCUGGUAGCCGCCACCAAAAGGCAUCUACGCUCGCCUUUUAAAAUGUAAGACGAGUCGUAAGACAGGCACAUUUUCACGGUAACGCUUUUUUAAAUUUCAGUUUGUGUUUUUACUGUUUUAGUGUUUUAGUCUGUAGUUACUUUGGUUUAGUUUGAAAUAUUUUUGUUAUUGUUUACCUCUCGUGGCUGUUUUUUGGAUAUUUUAGUAUACAUUAACCUAAAUAAGUUGGAAAUGGACGCGAGCACUUUUGAACCUACAGAGCACCCCCAUCGACGAUACAAUCCGUUGACUGGCGAAUGGAUUCUGGUAUCUCCGCAUCGCAUGAAGCGUCCGUGGCAGGGCAAAGUCGACAAUCCUUCUCCCAGUAAUGUGGCUGAAAAUUCCCACAAGUCUAAUCCGCUGUGUCCGGGCACAACACGACCAAGCGGGCAGACCAAUCCGGACUAUACGUCAACAUUUGUUUUUACCAAUGACUUUCCAGCGCUGAUGCCGGAUACGCCUUCUCCAGAUGACAAUGCCGAUGAGCUGUUCCAGUAUGCUUCCGCACAGGGAACUUGCCGCGUCAUGUGCUUCCAUCCGCGCUCCGAUACGACGUUGGCCAAGAUGAGUGUGGCAGAAAUCGGAACCGUCAUUGAUGCCUGGAUCGAACAACUGCGGGAACUCGGACCGCAAUAUGUUUGGGUCCAGAUAUUUGAGAAUCGUGGGGAAAUCAUGGGUUGCUCCAAUCCGCAUCCUCACUGCCAGAUUUGGACGACCAAUUUUCUUCCUAAUGAACCCAGUAAGAAGGACUCUCGCCAGCUAGAAUACUAUAGGCUGCAUUCCACGCCACUGCUUUGCAGUUACUUGCGGAAAGAAAUGGAAAAAAAGAAACGAAUUGUUGUGGAAACCCCUUACUGGGUGGUAGUGGUUCCAUUUUGGGCUCAAUGGCCGUACGAGACCAUGGUUAUUCCUAAACGGCACAUUUUGCGAUUGUCGGAUGUUACAGAAAACGAAGGAACAGAUUUGGCAGAGUGUUUGAAAAUAUUGCUGCAGAAAUACGAUCGGCUAUUUGAUGUAUCGUUUCCUUAUUCCAUGGGUUGGCAUGGCGCCCCCACCGGAAAGUAUUUAGGAGCGGACAUGGAUCACUGGCAGCUCCAUGCCGUGUUCUAUCCACCGUUGCUGCGUUCGGCCACCGUCCAGAAGUUUAUGGUUGGAUUUGAAAUGUUGGCCUGUCCUCAGAGAGACAUUACACCCGAGCAGGCAGCAGACAAAUUACGAUCUUUGAUGGUUGAUUGAGCCGAAACGAAAGAAAGAGUCCAUAAUUUUGCAUUCGCUGGUUUCUGACUGAAUAGACUAAUCGUUGAUUUUAUGCGUAGAUUUUUCCCUAAUUUGCAGUACUAGUACUGCUGCUGUUCGUAAUGGCGGAAGAUUUUAUACAAAUUCAAUGUGCUUUUAUUCUGCAGUGAUAUAUCGUACGCAUUA